UAACUUUUUAAAGGGAUAUUAAUCUUAGUUACAAGGAUAAUGUGUAGCCAUGCUUAUUAAUCACGAUGAAUCUUAACAUAUUGCCAGCAUUGUACACGUCUUCUACGAACAGUACCUAACAAUAUGGACGGACACUUUGAAAAGCUUGGCUUUGUCCCUUUUUGCCAUCUUUGUUGUCACUUUCUUGCUCCUUGGACUGAAUUUCUUCUCAGCAGCCGUCACUGUAUUCACAAUCCUUAUGAUUACUGUAAACAUGAUGGGGUUGAUGUACUGGUGGAACAUCUCUCUGAAUGCUGUUUCUCUCGUGAACCUUGUCGUGGGUAUUGGAAUUUCAGUUGAAUUCUGUUCUCAUCUAACACGACUGUUUGCAAUCAGUACAGAAAUUACAAAAGUUGAUAGAGCAAGAACUGCUCUAGAGGAGAUAGGUAGUUCAAUUUUAUCUGGAAUAACACUAACUGACUGUGGGGUGUUAGUCCUUGCUUUUGCUAAAUCACAGAUUUUUCAAGUUUUUUAUUUCCGUAUGUACCUGGGAAUUAUUGCUUUCGGCACUGUUCACAGUCUGAUUUUUCUGCCAGUCUUUCUUAGUGUACUAGGGCCUUCCAGAAACGUCAUGAAGAACGUUGAAGUCAAACCAUAUCCUACAUUGAAAACACAGGCUUCUACCACAUCACAGAUUCCUCUGGAAGUUAGUGUAA